GAGGAGCCGAGCAUUCCUGGCCAUCCCUGGGCUUCUGCUUGAAGGCUCAUCUAGGUCCAAGUCAAGAUGAGGGGGCAGACUCAGAAGCCCUCCCACCUGCCUGGCACGCAGAUGCCGCCAGCAACACAGGAAAAGAAGAGGAAACUGAAGUCCAGAGUCACACCCUGCUCUGCUGGUCACGAACCAAGCUGCUGCCCCGGCGUGCUGGGCCCGGCCUGCGCCAUGUCGGGCCCGUUCGAGCUUUCGGUGCAAGAUCUCAACGACCUGCUCUCGGACGGCAGCGGCUGCUACAGCCUGCCGAGCCAGCCGUGCAACGAGGUCACCCCCAGGAUCUACGUGGGCAACGCGUCUGUGGCUCAGGACAUCCCCAAGCUGCAGAAGCUAGGCAUCACCCACGUUCUGAAUGCUGCCGAGGGCAGGUCCUUCAUGCACGUCAACACCAAUGCCAACUUCUACAAGGACUCCGGCAUCACCUAUCUGGGCAUCAAGGCCAAUGACACGCAGGAGUUCAACCUCAGCGCCUACUUUGAAAGGGCUGCAGACUUCAUUGACCAGGCCUUGGCUCACAAGAACGGUCGCGUACUUGUCCACUGCCGGGAAGGCUACAGCCGCUCCCCGACCCUAGUUAUCGCGUACCUCAUGAUGCGCCAGAAGAUGGAUGUCAAGUCUGCCCUGAGCAUCGUGAGGCAGAACCGUGAGAUCGGCCCCAACGACGGUUUCCUGGCCCAGCUGUGCCAGCUCAAUGACAGACUAGUCAAGGAGGGGAAGUUGAAACUCUAGGGCCCUCCCGCUGCCCCUUCUCUAGAGGCAGACAGGGGAGCCCCUGGGUGAGGCGUCCCAAGCCACCAUGUUUAGGAAACACAGUGUACCCUGCUCCCAGCAUCACCAGGCACUUGCCCACCAGUCUCCCAACACAGCCCUGGGCCACUUUCCCCCUGGGGAGCGUAUAAAGAAGCUUACGAAGGAGGGCAUCCUUGUUCCCUGGUGUGUUCUGUGCCUGCAGUUUAUAAUGUCCCCUCCCCGAGGCGGGGGCGCAGAGGGAGGAAGGCCUGUGGCAUGUGUACUUCUCCUGGAUGACCGAAGGCAGGAGGUCCGCGCAAAGUAUAAGGCUUGAGACGCCCACCGGGGUCCCUCCUACCCUCCGUUGCCCCCCUCCCCUGCUCCCUGCCUCCCACCCCUGGGUCCUCUCCUGAGUGAGGGACCUUAGCACCUCGAGCCCUAUAAGGGAACUAUGCAAACGCAGGCCCCUUCUCCACCCUCCCCCGUGCCCGUCUCUCCCUGCCCCCCCCCAGCCGACCAUCCACACCUUGCUCAUGGGCAGAGGCGCAUCGUGAGGUCUGAAGCCGGCCUGGAGACACCAUCGGUUGUCAGCGGGCGGACAUUCCCACGAAGAGACUGCAUUUUAAUUAUUUCCUUAGGAUUAAAGAUGCCUGAACAAAGAGGCCCCUCAGAUGGGCAGACAGCCUCCCCUAAAGUCAGUAGUUUUUAAGAUGCGAGGCUUUGGAAAGGCUUGCAUUCAGGACCCACUGCUUUGGAAUAGUCCCCCGCCCUGGACUGCUCUCGGUCGGUCGCUGGGUCUAUUAGAAGAGCGAUGCCUUGGGCAUGGUUUUUAUCUUAUUUUAUUUUAUUAUUUUUAUUUUAUUAUUUUUAGAAAACAGAGUGUUGAUGUUCCAGCCUAUUUCAAAACCCCACCGUGGGAAGAAUAGCAAAGGGUUUGCCCUGAAUGGCAGCGUUGGCGGCUCCAGCCACUCGUGCUAACUGCCUUUUUGUCUGUGUGGCUGUUCCAAGGACAGAAGGAGGAAGUGGUGGGCCGAUUACCCUGUGCGUGUGUGGGCAUGUGUGUGGGGGUGUCUCAGAGCACAGGCGGAGGCCGGCCCAGCCGCUUCUCAUCCUUCCCCACUUCUAGAGGGUCCUUAAUGGUCCUGAGGUGCCAGGAACAGCCCCCGGGACCCCCAGGAGCAAAAAUGACUCAGCCCAGCAGAAAUGAAACACCGUGGCACGUUCAAAUGGAGCUUUGGCUGCGAGAGAACAAACAACAAACAGGAACGGCCUCUUUGUAGGACUUUGUAGGGAUGAUGGCGGAACGUUCUGGCUCUUCCACGCGUGCGCACACCUGUCAGAUUAUAGUUUUGUUUUGGACGCCGUCUUGUUAGGACUUUCAGUGACUGUCACCAAGGAAAGUGAGGCAUUCCUGUCUCUUCUGGUUCCCUACCAGCUGAGAGGUGGCCCCCAUCUCCACCCCCAGCCCCUAGCACGCAGAGGUCUAUACAAGUUCGUGGAAUUAAACUUUUUUUUUUUUUGAGCACCAGAUGUAUGCAGGGUGUUCUGGUGGGCGUAGCAAGCUCCCAGAAGCCCGAAGGGAAAAAUCCAGGGCUUUUGUUGAGUAGUUAAAAUUCAGUUUUACAGUUGAAUUCCGGCAGCGUUAAGCUGUCGACAUAGGGAAUGUGCCUUUUUCAGAGACAGACAAAGAGAGACGAGGUCAGACCAGGAGAAGCAGGGCCUCAUGGGUGUCAUGACCUCUAGUGCUGCAUGGUCCCUUUUCUCUGUGACCACAGUCACCCUGGACAAACUAGGGUCUGUCGUCUUUUCCAGAUACCGGACUGUUCACACAGACCCACCCAAGUGAACGGCCGUCCUCUCUAACCUGUGUACCUCACUUCACAGUUUCCUGAGAACUGUCCAUGUAAUCUAACUUGAUCCUCUCGAUAACCCCAUCAAGUUGGUAGAGCUUCUUCAUGGAUGGUUACCUUUUAAGAAAAAGGAGCUGGGUUCAGACUGAUGGAGGGCAUGGCCCCUAGGCCGUCCCAGGCUCUAAGGCAGAGCCAAGGUGAGACUGCAGGUUUGCUGCUCCCUGAAGCUGAAUUCUUUGCCUCAUGCUACACUCCCCCUCCAGACAAGAGCCCCCUGGGAAUGUCCAGGUGCCCUGAACCUGCCCUUGACCCAGGCUGUGUGCACAAGAGUCAGUUAGUGCUCCGGUCGGAGUACACUGAUUCAAGCUGUCUGAGUGCGGGUGGGAGGGGUUGGGGUACAAAUCCAUCCCUGCUCCAGGAAAAGGAAGUAAAAAAGUGUGGGACCCCGAUCUGGUUAGAACGUGUGGCUCUUUUUCUGGGAAACGUGAAGCAUCCCUAAGUUGGAGCUUCCUGCUCUGCUUCUGGAAGAGGCUCUGGGGCUGGGGGGCCAGGGCUCCCCCUCCCCCUCUUAGACAAGGGUCACCCCGCACCUGCAGGGCAGCCACAGCUCCUUGGACUGGUUAACCAGACCUCUUGAAGGCCUUUCGGUUGGGGCACAAGGGAGAAAAGGCCAUCGAGAGAAUUACUGCCUUUACUCUGGGGCUACUUCUAUCCUGAGAACUUGGGAUUUCUCGGUGGUCUUUAGUCCCAGAAACUCUGCAUUUGCUUCAUGAGAUUUAGCUCCUAAUUUUUGAGUAAACUAAAAUUCUAUUGUGUAAGAGCCAGCAUAUGCCCAGCUGUGAGUGGAAGCUGCUUCUGGACAGCUUUCUACCCCUGGGAAAUGAUGGAAUAGGAACUCAGGGUGCCCUUACCCUCUCCCCUGACCUGAUCCCUUUCUCCGACUAGCAGACCCUCACUUAGGUCAAAUUAGAGCACCAAAUGGUUUUCUCAAAUCUAAAGCAGUACACGUUCCACAGGCUGGUCUGUAUCCCUGCCACUCCGAGUUAUCUGGAGAGCAGAAAUCACCCACCUGUCAAACAAGGGGCCUCAUCUGGAAGACCUCUGAAGUCCCUUUGGCUCUGACAUUGUCGGGUUCUCGGAGAAUUCCCACCUGGAAGUUAUCACCACCUGGAAAUGAGAGGCUAUGUAAUAAUCUGACGACCAGCAGGUGGCACUGUGUUCCGCCCAUGGUGAUGGUUGGUUUGAAAAGGAAAGUUGGUGCCUUUCGUGUCACAAGUUAAUGUUAAGAUGCUAAUGUUUUAAUUAAAAUAAGCACUGAUCUUAUAAUAUGAAGAUACGAGCUUUCCUCACAGGAAAUUUUCUGUCAUAAAACCGGCGUCAAGAAUCACUGAGGAGCCAAUAGUGUUGGUCUUUCCAAGUCAAGAUUUUAUCCUGAUUGGAAAAGAAACCCUCUCCGGUUGAGAGAGCAGAUCCGUCGGAAGCUUAACUUACUUCCUGUCAGCUUUUAGGGCAAUUCGAUUGUGACAGCAUGAAUUUUCUGGGGAGAAAAGGGGAAGGUAUUAAAUUGGUUUUAAAGGAAAAUAAGCUUAACGUCUGUUGUAUCACAAAUCAGUGUUAAAACACUAACUGUAACCAAAAUAAACAUCUUACAUUACAUAGAAA